AUGAUGUGGGCUGUGAUCAUGCUGUCUGAUCACCCUGUGUGCUUGUGUCCUGGUGUAGGUGGCUCAGAGACAGAGCGCCACCUGCUGGCGAAGCUUUUUCAGAACUAUAAUCUGAAGGUGCGUCCGGCGAGGAGUGUGGGGGAGCGGGUGCAGGUUCGAGUGGGGAUGACCUUGUCCCAGCUCAUAAGCCUGAAUGAAAAGAAUGAAGAAAUGACUACAAAUGUCUUUAUGAAUUUGGCCUGGACAGAUUACCGGUUGAGUUGGAACCCAGCGGAACACGACAACAUCCAGGUCCUGAGAAUUCCUUCAGGGAGGGUGUGGCGUCCUGAUAUCUACCUCAUUAACAAUAACGAUGGGCAGUUCGACGUUGCUCUGUAUGUAAAUGUGCUGGUCUACAGUGAUGGCACAGUUAACUGGCUACCACCUGCAAUAUACAGGAGUGCCUGCUCUAUCGAGGUGACGUUCUUCCCUUUCGACUGGCAGAACUGCACCAUGGUGUUCCGCUCGUACACCUACGACGCCUCAGAGAUCGAUCUGCAGCACACGCUCGACGAAAACCAACAGGAAAUCAAGGAAAUCAUUAUUGACGAGAACGCGUUCACUGAGAACGGGGAGUGGCAGAUCCGCUACACGCCGUCGCGGAAGAACGUGGGAGACGACUUGUACGAAGACAUCACCUUCUACCUGAUCAUCGAGCGCAAGCCUCUCUUCUACAUCAUCAACAUCAUCGUGCCCUGCAUCCUCAUCAGUGUCCUCUCCAUCUUUGUGUUCUACCUGCCUCCCGAUGCAGGUGAGAAGAUGACACUGUCUAUCUCUGUGCUGCUGGCCCUCACUGUGUUCCUGCUGCUGUUAGCCAACAAGGUGCCCGAGACGUCACUGGGGAUCCCCAUCAUAGUCAACUACCUGAUGUUCACCAUGAUCCUGGUCACCUUCUCUGUGAUCCUGAGUGUGGUGGUGCUGAACCUGCACCACCGCUCCUCCAGCACGCACGACAUGCCCCUCUGGGUGCGCAAGAUUUUCAUCCACAUUCUACCUCGGUUUUUGGGGAUGCAGCGACCGAAGCCUGAGGACCCCCUAGAAGAGACGCUGCCACCCAGGAAAGAGAACAUGGUCCGGUUAAACAGUCGGGGAGGUGACGAGUAUUUCAUCCGAAAACCGGACUCUGACUUCAUCCUGCCCCGUGCCAGCAGGUGUUCUGUGGAGACUCACUUCGACGGGCACAGUCGUUGUCUUAUCCUGCCCCCUGACCUCAAAUCAGCCAUCAAGGCCGUGACGUACAUGGCAGAGCAGCUCAAAAACCAGGAGAGCCAAAACACGUUGACAGAGGACUGGCAGUACAUAGCGAUGGUAGUGGACAGGCUAUUCCUCUGGCUCUUUGUUCUCAUCACCUCUCUGGGGACCCUCGCCCUAUUCCUGCAUGCCAGUUUCAACUACAUCCCUGAGAGCCCCUUUGCCUGAGACAGAAAACCACCCUGCACCCCUCUGUACCCCUCAAUCACUCCCCUGUACCUCUCAAUAAAACACUGUUGGAUCCCAGGCCUCCAGAGGUGAAAGCCCUGCAGUGUAUUUUUUUUUGCUUGAUCCUUGUAUGUA